CGUUCAUAUGUUGCUAGUCGGACUUGUAUUCCAGUUAGACUGAAACCAACCCUACUUGCUGGAGAGGAGCCUGCUCAGCGUAGUGUUUUGGUCAUGUUGAAGAAUGUUCUGAGCAGGUUGGCGACACAAACGGGUCGUGUUCACCGUCAUGUGAAUCGCGCUUCGUCCAUACAGACGCUGACAGCCUGCCGUGUGUCGGUGAGGAGCUUCGCCGAGGUGAAGGACGAGGUGCAGCUUUCUUUCGACUCCUCCCUGCUGGAAGUGCUGGUCUGUCCGCUGUCCAAGAAGCCACUGAGGUACGAUGCCAACACCAACGAGCUGAUCAACGAGGAGCUCGGCAUUGCAUAUCCCAUCGUUGAUGGCAUUCCAAACAUGAUCCCACAGGAGGCCAGGCUGAUACAGAAAGACACUCAAACUCCAAGCACACCUGCAGAGUAGAAUAUCUUUGUUGGACCAAACUCUAACUAACAUUCAUCUAUCCUCUGACUUAGUGAUUUGAAUCCAGCGGUGGGUUAUUGUUGAACUGCCAGAAUGUUCUCCCUGUCCAUGAUGGUGGGACUGGUUCCCAUUGUGUCUCUGUGUGGUUUGUUCUUCUCUGCCGCUGUGGAUGAGAACUUCCCUCAGGGCUGCACCAGCAGCAACAGUCUGUGUUUCUACAGCCUGCUGCUGCCGGUCACCAUCCCAGUCUAUGUCUUCUUCCACCUUUGGAGCUGGAUGGGGAUCAAGCUCUUCAGGCACAACUAGACUAUUCUCAUUAAAUGUUCUCAUCCAUAAAAAUGUAAAUAUUUUCUGGCGUAACUUGGGAUUUUUCAGCUCCUCGAUACAUAUUUUUCAAACAACAAUGCAGAGCUGUUAGAAAUCUGCCAAGAUGGAGGUAUUUUGCUGUAUUUUUUAAACUGCAGGUAGAAAUAUGUACCCCUGCACUAGUCUCAGUGUAAAUGUAAAACACCUGUGAAUACAACCUAAAACUUCUGUUUCUGUAGAGAUUAAACAAUUAAAUCUCAGUGCUAAAUA